ACAUUCAACAACUAUCAGCAAAUCAGCAGCUAUGAGGAGCACUCCUUUCUGGGUAAGGGGACUUAUUACACCCCGUUAUACAUUACAUAUGAAAUGACAUAUUUAUCUGUGUGUGGUUUCAUGGCUUUGUGUGUGUGUGUGUGACUGUGUCUGUGUCUUUACCUGUGUAUGUUUGUUAAUCUUUGUCUGUCUGUCUGUCUGUCUGUCUCUCUGUGUGUGUGUGUGUGUGUGUGUGUGUGUGUGUGUGUGUGUGUGUGUGUGUGUGUCCAUCUCUCUGCCCUCUUCCCCUCCAGACCCUGAGGACACACUGAGUGUGAGUGUCCCACUGGAGCUGCCCCAGCGCCCUCUACUGGGCAGCACCUUGGUACUACCCUGCUACUUCCAGGUAGGUCCACCUGGCGCCACUAUCAAUACUACACAGAUAUGAGAAAUAAGGAUGUUGGAUUUAGCAAUACAAAUCAUAUUAUUAGAUUUUUUUAUUUAAAAGAAACAACAUGACCACCUCCUGGUUGAGGGACCCUCCCUUCACUGUUUUAACUCCCUUCACUGCUUUAACUCAUUUUUACAUUUUAAGUCAUGUAGAGCGACUUACAGUUAGUGCAUACAUCACUAUUUUUAAUACCCCCGUGGGAAUCGAACCCACAACCCUGGCGUUGCAAACACCAUGCUCUACAAACUGAGCUACAUCCCCUGCUGGCCAUUGCCUCCCCUACCCUAGACGACGCUGGGCCAAUUGUGCGCCGCCCCAUGGGUCUCCCGGUCGCAGCCGGCUACGACAGAGCCUGGAUUCGAACCAGGAUCUCUAGUGGCACAGCUAGCACUGCGAUGCAGUGCCUUAGACCACUGCGCCACUCGGGAGACCCUUCACUGUUUUAACUCCCUUCACUGUUUUAACUCUCGCCAGUGCUUUAACUCCCUUCACUGUUUUAACUCCCUUCACUGUUUUAACUCUCGCCAGUGCUUUAACUCCCUUCACUGUUUUAACUCCCUUCACUGUUUUAACUCCCUUCACUGUUUUAACUCCCUUCACUGUUUUAACUCCCUUCACUGUUUUAACUCCCUUCACUGUUUUAACUCCCUUCACUGUUUUAACUCUCGCCAGUGCUUUAACUCCCUUCACUGCUUUAACUCCCUUCACUGUUUUAACUCCCUUCACUGUUUUAACUCUCGCCAGUGCUUUAACUCCCUUCACUGCUUUAACUCCCUUCACUGUUUUAACUCCCUUCACUGUUUUAACUCCCUUCACUGCUUUAACUCCCUUCACUGUUUUAACUCCCUUCACUGUUUUAACUCUCGCCAGUGCUUUAACUCCCUUCACUGCUUAAACUCCCUUCACUGUUUUAACUCCCUUCACUGUUUUAACUCCCUUCACUGUUUUAACUCCCUUCACUGUUUUAACUCCCUUCACUGUUUUAACUCCCUUCACUGCUUUAACUCCCUUCACUGUUUUAACUCCCUUCACUGUUUUAACUCCCUUCACUGCUUUUAACUCCCUUCACUGUUUUAACUCCCUUCACUGUUUUAACUCCCUUCACUGCUUUAACUCCCUUCACUGUUUUAACUCCCUUCACUGUUUUAACUCCCUUCACUGUUUUGACUUGUUUUCAUGUUUCUCAUAAUAUUGUUUAAUGUAUCAACUCUUUUCACAUAUUUGAUUCCUGGUGAGGAGAAAACUCAGUUAGACAGGACUGCAGUUCAAUUGAUCAAUGAUGAGUUACAGUGAUACAAAGUUCCAUGAUAAGAAACCCCAUUGUAGUUCCACCAUUAUGUGUUUUAUUUCAGACGGGGUCAUCAACAUGUAAAAAGAGCAUUUAAUAUCGUAUUGUAACGUAAUUAUGUUUUUCUAAUAAACUUGAACUUGAACUAUAACCCUACUUCCAGGACCACACCGUCCACGACCCCGGCGCCCCCACCAUUGCCACCCUGUCCCACCGCAUCAAAUGGAGCCGCAUCACCAAGGAGCAUGUCUCUGUCAUCCUGGUGGCCAUGGACGGAGAGGUCAAGGUGGAGGAGGACUAUCUGGAUCGGGUCCACAUGGUGGGCUAUCCCCAGACCCCCACUGACGCCAGCAUCAAGAUCACAGAGUUGAGGUCCAACGACACUGGCACCUACCGAUGUGAGGUACAGCACGGCAUCGAGGACAACCAUGACACUGUGGACGUCCUGGUUCAAGGUAGGGACAGAGGGUAGUGGGAGUGUUACGGCUGCUUGCUGCCAAGGAAUUCAUGUUUUGUUAUUGCUCUCUUUGUAAACAAAGUUGGUGCUUAUAGCUACCACUGUACAAAUGUUAGUUUCUAUCUUUAGAUUUCAGGACAUUAAAGAGGUUAUACGGAACUUUUGCUUAUAUGGUUUCUCUUGGCCAAAAGGGACGGGGUCCUAAAUUAACAGAAACAUUGUCCAUAAAUUGCCUAAUUGAAAAUACCCCCACACACCAAUGAGCAAAAUCAUAUAUUAUUUGCCUAAAACUAAGGAUUUGUAUGGUUUCAUUUGUGAUUUUUUAAAAAUGAUAUUCUAUCAUUUGCUGUAUGUACUGUAUAUAAACCAUGCAGCCAACUUUCAAGCAAAAUAAAUAAUGUAUCUUUAAUCCACACAGAUAGACAGUGAUCUAAUUAUUUUAUGGAGGCAUUAGUGGCUGCUCUGUCGCUGUUAUACUAUGAUCUCUCUCCAGGUAUUGUGUUCCACUACCGGGCCAUCACGACACGCUACACUCUGACCUUUGAGAAGGCCAAGGCAGCCUGUAUCCAGAACAGUGCUGUGAUCGCGACCCCAGAGCAGCUGCAGGCAGCGUACGAUGACGGCUUCCACCAGUGUGACGCCGGCUGGCUCUCCGAUCAGACUGUCAGGUCAGUCUAUAUCCCUCUCCUUCAUCUGCACUGAUCUGAAAUCAGUUCCUGUUUUCAGAUCAAUGCCGAAGCAGUGAAGUGAAUGAAGUGACUGGAAAGAACUGAACUGAUUUCAGAUCAAAGUGAAGGAGAGAGUCUAUAAGGCUUGUCUUCAAAUAGUGUUUGUUUUCUAUAAAAUAUUAAGUGAGCUUGAGGGAGCUUGCCUGACGCAAUGGAGCCAAUGGAAUAGUCCCAAAAGUGCAAGCUCCGCCUAUCUGGUACUCCAACCAGGCUCAAUCAGAUGCUUUGAAAGAAAACAAUGAUCUAAAAAAAUACACCAAAUACUUAGAAUUUUGAACCCAGGUCUGCAGUCUAUCCAAAGUUUGAAAAUAAGUUAAAAGAUUUUAUUACACAGUUUAUAAUGACUGUGCAUACAGUUCUCUAAGCAUCAUGAGGUCUUGAGAUCAUUUACUUUAUAUAGGAAUUAUGAAUAUAGAUAGACUUGUCGGUUUGUAUUUCAACAUUGUCCAUUUAUUCCAUGAUUCCAUUUUCAUGUCAGUAUUUGGAUUGGUCAUCCGUCUAAACACAGACGUCUGCCAUGCUGAACUUUCUGUUGAAUGUUUGACAGUUGAGCCUCUGAACGUGUCACUUCCUCUCGACACACAGCCUCUCUUGUCCUCAUUUCCAUCCCUCCUUCCAUCCCUGGCAAAAACCUAGAGGAUUGUGUUUACCUUUCUCUGAUCUCACCUGUACGUUUUUUCAACACCUCAGAAUGAAAGCCCUCAUUCCAUAAGCCUCCUCUAGUCGAUUUCUCAGAAAUACUAGAGGGUUUAGAGGAAACGUUGUGGGCUGGUUUUCCGGACACACAUUAAGCCUAGUCUUGGGCUAAGAAGCUUUUUAAAGCUUUUUAAGUCUCAGUCUAGGAAACCCUUAAAGAUUUAUCCAUGGAAAUAACAUGUUUGAAAUAAUAUGUUACCCAGGAAGGAAGACAAAGGCUCCAAUUCAUUCAAUAAACUAACACGGCACUGCCUCAACUGAUUCACUCAGAAUGUUUAUGUUGUAAUGGAGGUGUUAACCAUAUUAAACCAACACAUUGAAUUUAAUUGAAUUUAUUUGGGUCAAAACAUAUACAACGAGAUAUGCAUCGGAACCCCAGAGGAUAGCACUUUAAAGUAUCACUCUGCAAAGUAGGCCUAUCGCUCUGCACUGGUAUGGAUUUUAUACUAAUUUCUGUUUUCUGUGAAAGGUACCCAAUCCAUGAUCCACGUGAGAAUUGCUACGGCGACAAAGACGAGUUCCCCGGGGUGCGAACCUACGGAGUGAGAGACGUCAACGAGACUUACGACGUGUACUGUUUUGCCGAGAAGAUGACAGGUAACCAAGGAGACGUCCUUGAUCUUUUUUUCAUAAGUGAAAAACAGAAUGAGAUCAGGACAUGUUCACCUUGGAGAAUACAAUACGUUUUCACAGACAACUUUUUCACUCUGAUGUGAAAAUCGGGAACAUUUACAUUUUGAUGAAUGUGCAUUGCCUUAAUCAAAUAAAUGAGUUACAUUGACUCAAAUAUUCUUAACUACACAACUAUCAACCUCAAGUUACACUGAACAUGUCACUACCUCACCUCCCCUGUUGUUCCCUCUCCCAGGCAGUGUGUUCUACUCUGGCUCUGUGGCUAAGUUCACCUACUCCGAGGCUGAGGAACAGUGCAGGAAGCAGGGGGCCCUGUUGGCCACCACAGGACAGCUGUACCUGGCCUGGCAGGCUGGUCUGGAUGUGUGCAAUGCAGGCUGGCUGGGGGACAGGAGCGUCCGCUACCCCAUCAACAUCCCAAGGCCGCAGUGCGGAGGGGGUCUGCUGGGGGUACGGACCGUGUACCUCCACGUCAACCAGACGGGGUACCCACUCCCUGAAUCCCGCUACGAUGCCUACUGCUACACAGGUAGGUUGCAUUUAGCCUGGUCCCAGAUCUGUUUGUGCCAAACAUGACAACAACUAUAGGAGUUGGCUAUAUAGCACAAACAGAUCUAGAACCAGGCUAGGUUACACUGUGAAUCAACCAUAGACUUAAUACCAGUGUAUGUACAGUAUGUCAUCAUUGGAAGGAACCUACCGACACAAGAUUAUUUUUGUGUUUCAUAAGCGUUUUAGUGUCAUAUUUGUAAGCGUGUGUGUGUUUGCGUGUGCAUUUUUGUGUCAUAUUUGUGUAAUAUUUUUAAGCGUUUCAUUGUUUCAUAUUUUUCAAAUGGCUGAAUUUGUUCAGGAUCACAACAUUGUUAAGUGCAACAGUAAACAACCAUUCGCACCACACGUUUCAGUUUCGAAACCGUUCCCAAGAGUUUAGCGAUCACAAGCAUGAACCCUUUCUUCGGUCUCCUCCAGAAACGGACGAGGACGGCUCGGGCAUGGUGGUGCCCACCAAGGCGGGCAGCGGCGUGCUGAGCGUCGCCACAGUGACCCAGGGUCCUCCCGAGGUGUUCUUCAGGAAGACGGCCACGGAGAGCGAGGCGUUGGGCGAUGUCCUGGCCACCCAGAAACCCACCAGCGUGGACUUCACCUUCGGGACUGAGCUGCCCCUGCCACAGCCACCCAGUGUCACAGAGCUUCCGUUCCCACAGCCGCCCAGUGUCACCGAGCUGCCCCUGCCACAGCCGCCCAGUGUCACCGAGCUGCUCCUGCCACAGCCGCCCAGUGUCACCGAGCUGCCCCUGCCACAGCUGCCCAGUGUCACCGAGCUGCCCCUGCCACAGCCGCCCAAUGUCACCGAGCUGCCCCUGCCACAGCCGCCCAGUGUGACAGAGUUGGUUGUGGAUGUUGUGGGGAGAGUAACGGCCAGGCCAGAUGUGGGGAGUGAGAUCAGCAAAGUGAGCGGAUCAGGAUAUUUAUUUUCUGCUACAGGUCAGUGACUGGAUAUCUGCUGUGUUUGAGUGUAAAUAGCAUACGUAGUCACUUUUCUUGGGAUGCUGUGUUGGAAAAGUUGUUGCUGGAACAAUUGAGUGUGCAAGCCCUACUUUCAAUACUACUGUGAGUUUGCAUGUUGAAAUGGAAAGAGAAGAAUUGCAGUCAUUGAUGAGGAGACUUGCCAGCUUUAUAAUUGAUAUAAAAAUCUGAAUGAUUACAAACUGUGAAUGAAAACACACUUGGGUGAUGAAUGUGUCUGGUGCAUGAGAUCAACCACAUUAUAUCAGCAUUAUUACCCCCCCCCCCAUCUGUAGGUGUUGUGUUCCACUACCGUGCUGGCUCUACCCGCUACGCCUUCACCUUCGAGGAGGCCCAGCUGGCCUGUCAGAGUGUUGGAGCCUCCAUCGCCACCCCAGAGCAGCUCCAGGCUGCCUAUGAGGCCGGCUACCACCAGUGUGAUGCAGGCUGGCUUCUGGAUCAGACCGUCAGGUAGGAAGGAAGACACACAUGCUUGUCUGUAUAGAUGUACAUGGGCACACAAACAUAUUUAAAGACAGAACUACAGACAUAUUAAUACAUGCAUACACACACUAACUACGGGAGGCUGCUGAAGGGAGGAUGGCUCAUAAUAAUGCCUGGAAUGGAGUAAAUGGAAUGGUAUGAACAACAUGGAAACCAUGUGUUUGAUUUGUUCAAUACCAUUCAAUUUAUUCAGUUCCAGCCAUUACUAUGAGUCUGUCCCCCCCAAUGAAGGUGCCACCAGCCUCGGGCCGCCUGUGCCCCACACAGAGACUGUACUUGUUUCAAGUCCUUGUCACUGUUCCUUACCAUCAGUACAACCAUCUUCUUUUCUUCUUUAUACGCCCAUUCAUGACCGUGAAUAAAGGUUGUUGUCAUGCCCAGGUAUCCAAUCGUGUCUCCUCGGGAAAAGUGCUCUGGGGAUCUGGAGACUUUACCAGGAGUGAGGUCCUAUGGACUGAGGCCCGCUGAUGAACACUACGAUGUGUACUGCUACGUGGACAGACUCAGGGGUGAGAAAACACACUAGGUUUUGUUCAUUCAAAUUGCUCUUGAAUCACUUUGUAACCCAGAGACGUUGUCAUAGCUUGUGUCUAUUUCUUGUCUGUCUAUUGCAGUAGAAGUCUUUAAAGAUAAGUCAAGAGGUUGGGCUAGUUUGUUGUAUAUACACUGUCUUAACCAUGUGGGAAAUGAAUGGCAAUUGAAAAAGAGGUUUGGCUCAUCACAAACCACAACGCUGUGGGAGUUGUUUUGAGCACUGCCUCAACUGUCAUGUCCUUUCAUUCUCUCCUUUUCUCUUCCACUUUCUCACCAUCCUCUCAUCCCUUAACCUGUCUCCUCUCCUCUCCUCUCCUCUCCUCUCCUCUCCUCUCCUCUCCUCUCCUCUCCUCUCCUCUCCUCUCCUCUCCUCUCCUCUCCUCUCCUCUCCUCUCCUCUCCUCUCCUCUCCUCUCCUCUCCUCUCCUCUCCUCUCCUCUCCUCUCCCCUCAUCCCUUAACCUGACUGUCCUCUCUUCUCUAGGCGAUGUGUUCCAUGCUGGCUCCAGUGAGGGCUUUACCUACGACGGUGCUCUGGCUCACUGUCAGGAGCUGAACGCUACCCUGGCCUCUACUGGACAGCUCUACGCCGCCUGGAGACAAGGGUUGGAUAAGUGCCGCGCAGGCUGGCUAAUCGACCGGAGCGUCCGCUACCCCAUCACCAACCCCCGGGCGGCGUGUGGUGCAGGGAAGGCAGGGGUGUACACAGUAUUCACGCACAACAACCAGACGGAAUACCCAGACCUGUACUCCAGAUAUGACGCCUACUGCUUCAAAGGUAUGGACUGAAAUGCGUUGAAUCAUAAGUCAUGUUGUUUCCAUUUUCUCACUCACUCUCACUCACUUGCUCGCUCGCAUUCUCACUCACUCACUCACCUACUCUCUCUCACUCACUCACACAAUCACUCACUCACCCACUCACUCACUCACUCAAAAAUCUUUUUUUUCCUUGUAGUGGACAUCUUGCUUCUCGCCAAUGAAACUGGAUUGAACAUCACAGAGAUAGAAGAGGCUUUGGUUAACCUCACAUCCAUCACUGAUUUGCUGAGGCCUGGUAAGAGCCAUAGUCUUCAUUUGCUCUUAAUAAGCAUUUUAUGGAAUUCUACACUAGAAAUGAAAGAGUAUAUAUAUAUAUAUAUAUAUAUAUAUAUAUAUAUAUAUAUAUAUAUAUAUACAGUUGAAGUCGGAAUUUUACAUGCACUUAGAUUGGGGUCAUUAAAACUUGUUUUUCAACCACUCCACAAAUUUCUUGUUAACAAACUAUAGUUUUGGCAAGUCGGUAAGGACAUCUACUUUGACUGUGCCUUUAAACAACUUGGAAAAUUCCAGAAAAUGAUGUCAUGGCUUUAGAAGCUUCUGAUAGGCUAAUUGACAUCAUUUGAGUCAAUUGGAGGUGUACCUGUGGAUGUAUUUAAAGGACUACCUUCAAACUCAGUGCCUCUUUGCUUGACAUCAUGGGAAAAUCAAAAGAAAUCAGCCAAGACCUCAGAAAAAAAAUUGUAGACCUCCACAAGUCUGGUACAUCCUUGGGAGCAAUUUCCAAACGCCUGAAGGUACCAGAUUCAUCUGUACAAACAAUAGUACGCAAGUGUAAACACCAUGGGACCACGCAGCCGUCAUAACCGCUCAGGAAGGAGACGCGUUCUGUCUCCUAGAGAAAAGUGCAAAUCAAUCCCAGAACAACAGCAAAGGACAUUGUGAAGAUGCUGGAGGAAACAGGUACAAAAGUAUCUAUAUCCACAGCAAAAUGAGUCCUAUAUCGACAUAACCUGAAAGGCCGUUCAGCAAGGAAGAAGCCACAGCUCCAAAACCGUCAUAAAAAAGCCAGACUACGGUUUGCAACUGCACAUGGGGACAAAGAUCGUACUUUUUGGAGAAAUGUCCUCUGGUCUGAUGAAACAAAAAUAGAACUGUUUGCCCAUAAUGACCAUUGUUAUGUUUGGUGGAAAAAGGGGGUAACUUGCAAGCCGAAGAACACCAUCCCAACUGUGAAGCACGGGGGUGGCAGCAUCAUGCUGUGGGGGUGCUUUGCUGCAGGAGGGACUGGUGCACUUCACAAAAUAGAUGGCAUCAUGAGGAAGGAAAAUUAUGUGGAUAUAUUGAAGCAACAUCUCAAGACAUCAGUCAGGAGGUUAAAGCUUGGUCGCAAAUGGGUCUUCCAAAUGGACAAUGACCCCAAGCAUACUUCCAAAGUUGUGGCAAAAUGGCUGAAGGACAACAAAGUCAAGGUAUUGGAGUGGCCAUCACAAAGCCCUGACCUCAAUCCUAUAGAACAUUUGUGGGCAGAACUGAAAAAGCGUGUGCGAACAAGGAGGUCUACAAACCUGACUCAGUUACACCAGCUCUGUCAGGAGGAAUGGGCCAAAAUUCACCCAACUUAUUGUGGGAAGCUUGUUGAAGGCUACCCGAAACGUUUGACCCAAGUUAAACAAUUUAAAGGCAAUGCUACCAAAUACUAAUUGAGUGUAUGUAAACUUCUGACCCACUGGGAAUGUGAUGAAAGAAAUAAAAGCUUAAAUAAAUCAUUCUCUCUACUAUUAUUCUGACAUUUCACAUUCUUAAAAUAAAAUGGUGAUCCUAACUGACCUAAGACAGGGAAUCUUUACUAGGAUUAAAUGUCAGGAAUUGUGAAAAACUGAGUUUAAAUGUAUUUGGCUAAGGUGUAUGUAAACUUCCGACUUCAACUGUAUGUACAUUAUUGAAAUAUGUAAAUCCCUUUUCUUUCUUUCUUUCUUUCUUUCUUUCUUUCUUUCUUUCUUCUUUCGUUCUUCAUCUGCUCGUCUUUCUUUCUGAUCUCUUCUCUCUCGCUCUUCUCUAUCGAUCUCUAUCUCUCUCUCUCUCUCUCUCUCUCUCUCUCUCUCUCUCUCUCUCUCUUUCUCUUUCUCUCACUUUCACUCUCUCUCCACAGUCCUGCCUUCCAUCACUGCUCCCAUCUCUGUGGAGUCCUCAGGCUCUGGUUCUGGUUCCGGGGCCUCUGGGGCCAGUGGAUCAUCCGGAGAUCUCUCUGGUGAUCACUCCGGUGAACUGCCUUAUUCCGGGAAUCUGUCUGGGUCAGGUGAUCUUUCAGGCAGCGGGAGCGCCGAGAUUCCCAGUGGAUCGUCUGGCCUGAGUAGUGGAGAUGCGUCCGGUUCGGGGCUGAGUGGAGACGGAUCGGGAAUAACGGUAAUCUUCUCUUCAGGGAGCGGCAGUGUUUUAUCCGGUUCGGGCUCUGGGGGUCCUCAGGAGGCUGGAGAGGGAAGCAUUGGGAUCCUAACCUUCCCCACAGGAAUGGGAUCGGGAAUGGGAUUGGGAAUGUUCAGUGGCAGUGCGUUCCUGUCGGGAUCGGGAAGUGGAUCCGGUGUCAGCUCUGAAGAGAGCGGCUCUUCGUCCGACAGCUCCAGCAGCUCUGGGAAAAGUGGGACGUUUUCUGGAAUGUCGUCCGGCUCCAGCUCUAGUUCCAGUGAGAAGUUUUCCGGAUUUCCCUCAGGAUUCUUUCCCUCAGGAGGCUCCAGUGGUCAUUCGGGAGAGGAGUCGGGAAGCAGAGACACUCAGGUCCUGCUGAUCCAUGGGAAGCUGGUGGAGGUUUCCACCUCUCACACACACACAGAGCAGGAGCUUGGUGGAGGGGGCCUGGAGUUCAGCGGCUCCGGAUCGGGCAGCAGUGGCUCAGGGUUCUUCCCGGGUGUGACUUUCUUGGGGUCAGGGUUUACUGACCUCACAGGGUCAGCCUCAGGAGAACAGGAGGCCUCGGGGUCUCUCCACUACGGCUCCGGAAACGGUGAUAUCAGCGGUUCAGCCUCGGGCAGCAGUGGCUCAGGGUUCUUCCCAGGUGUGACCUUCUUGGAGUCAGGGUUUACUGACCUCACGGGGUCAGCCUCAGGGGAACAGGAGGCCUCGGGGUCUCUCCACUACGGCUCCGGAAACGGUGAUAUCAGCGGUUCAGCCUCGGGCAGCAGUGGCUCAGGGUUCUUCCAGGGUGUGACCUUCUUGGGGUCAGGGUUUACCGACCUCACGGGGUCAGCCUCAGGUGAACAGGAGGCCUCUGGGUCUCUCCACUACGGCUCCGGAAGCGGUGAUAUCAGCAGUUCGGCCUCGGGCAGCAGUGGCUCAGGGUUCUUCCCGGGUGUGACCUUCUUGGGGUCAGGGUUUACCGACCUCACGGGGUCAGCCUCAGGGGAACAGGAGGCCUCUGGGUCUCUCCACUACGGCUCCGGAAGCGGUGAUAUCAGCGGUUCAGCCUCGGGCAGCAGUGGCUCAGGGUUCUUCCCGGGUGUGACCUUCUUGGGAUCAGGGUUCACCGACCUUACGGGGUCAGCCUCAGGGGAACAGGAGGCCUCAGGGUCACUCCACUAUGGAUACGGAGCGGGAAGAGGUGGAUACGCAUCAGGGUUCGGAACGUCGGGCUUCCCAUCCGGGGACAUGUCUGAAAUCUCCAGAUCCUCCACCAGCGGUGAGGAGGACAGCGCUGUCACCUUCCUGACAAGUGACUUAAUGACAGAGGUUUCCAAGGUGACCACGGUUUCCAUGGAGCUGGGGGCUGGGCCAGUGGAGAUCAGCGGGCAGGGAAGCGGGUUCCACUCAGGGAGCGGCUCCGACCACCCAACCCAGGCCAGCGGUGUCUCAUCUGGGGCACACUCUGGAGAUCUGCUCUCUGUGGUGCUGUCCUCUCUGCCCAGUGACAGGGAGCUUAUGGCGGACACAGAGGGGCCAGAGGAGGCCCUGGCUGGGGGGGCUGAGCUGGAGGAGAUCACCGGCGAGUUUUACGUGACCUUUGCCCCCAACCUUGCUCCCACCGGAUUGGCUGCCACCACGGCCCCGGCCAUCUCCCUGCAGACCCCUGCCGUCAUGGAGGAGCCGUCCUCAGAGGAGGGUGAGUCAGCACACUUUCAGUCUACUCCAUUGUCAUUGCUAUGAACAGUUCAAAUAAUGUUUGUGUUGCUGUCAUGCUGUAGAACCAACAGACUUAUUUAAAUGGAAUGAAGUAAUGCGGCAUGGUGUUUUUAUUAAGGUGCCAAUCAGAAAUGUCACCCUAUUCCCCAUAUAGUGCACUAAAUAGGGAGUAGGGUGCUAUUUCAGUGCUAAGGUACACACUGUAUUGUACUCAUCCUAAUUGUAUUCAUGCUUAGGUGUGCCUAACCCAUGUGACCCUAACCCGUGUGGUGCUGGGUCAUGCUCAGUGGAGGAUGGCGAUGGGCUAUGCCAGUGUCCACCCGGGAAAGUGGGAGAUGGGUGCCAGUAUGGUGAGUCCUGAUGCUGGGGUAUCAUUAUCUCUCAUUAUCUCUCUCAAGACGUCUUACCGAGCAAGGUCUUCGUUCCUAACUCUCUGCACAUCUCUCUUUCUGAUCCAUUCUGACGUCCUCAGAAGUGUUGUAAAUGUUUUACUGUAAAGUAACACACCUUUGUAAACAAAGUUUCUAACAAUGCUUUUCUCAUAUCUCUACUGUAUGCCUAGACAUCAGCCCCUCUGUCACGAUUAGGGUUGCGAAAUGGUUUUUCUGAAAUCCCGUUUGGAGUUUUCCCGGAAUCAGAAGGGAAUAAGCAGGAAAUCCGUAAUCCUCCAACCAGGAUUUCUGGGAAACCAGGGAAUUCAUUGAAAGUUCCUGGAAUUUAGCAACCCUCUGUCCCGAUGCUACUAUCUGAUACUGUACAUACUGAGACAGUAAUAUUCUGUAGUCUGUAUUUGAGUUGUAUUUUUAUUUUUGUGAUACACUAACAAUGCAUUUUGUUCCCCCUUUUUCCUGUCUUAAUGUACUGUAGGUUUUGUGUUGUAAUGUGAUGUUGUGUGUCUUGUUUUGUCCUGUUUUCCUACACCUGGUUUUGGGUCUCUCAUUCGUUGUGUUUGUCAGACAGUCGCGGGCUCUUUGGCAUGUGUGUGUGUGUGUGUGUGUGUGUAUCGUGUCCUUGCCCCGAGGUCUCAGGGUCUCUCCAUCAUACUCCUUUAUCAUGAUUCACUCCAUCCUGUGUUGUUUUUGUUCUGCUGUUGCCUAGGUUACAGUAAGCGUACCCAGCUGGCAAAAGUGGUUGAAAGGACGUCAUUAUGAUGCCAUUUCAGCCAGAUCUGUCUGCUGAGUCUAUUCCCCCUCCUGCUGCAUGCCUGCUACACCUACCGACAUCCUGGUGCAUACUUGGAACUGCCUAUAUGAAUCCGAACACAAGGCUGCCCAUAGAAUUAGAAUUACUCUCAUCUAGUCAUUCUAUUUCUAUGAGUCUGCCACCCAACAAGUGGCUGAUCCGGACUUAACCUUACUUCGGAUCUUAAUACAUUUAUAUGAUCAAGUAUCUGUCUACUAAACUGUAUGAAUCAGAAGUUCAACAUUUAUGGAAAAAAAGUUGUAAAAUGUUGUGGUCUGAAGAAAGAUCUUUACAUGUACAGGAGUGAACAUCAUUGAGAUGAGUAUUCAUCUUCCUUUCAAUGAUGAUCUGACACAGUAAGGCUGGAGUCUGAAUCACUAUGUUGCAGCAUCUCAGAGUGUUCCGAUUCCAUGAGUUCCAAGAUGUUGUUUUCCUGCUCCCCCCUACCAAGGCAACUACCGCCUCCCCCCUUCACCCCCUGAGGCACCAGUCUCACCCCGCACCCCCCCCCCCCCCCUUUUUUGCAGAGGUUGAUGUGUGCCAUUCCAACCCUUGUGCCAAUGGAGCCACCUGUGUGGGAAAUGCAGACUCUUACAAAUGCUUAUGCCUGCCCAGCUACGGAGGGGACCGCUGCGAGAUUGGUACGAGGUCGGCUUCAGCUAAUGUUUACUAACAAACAACAACCUUUCAAAAACAACAGGAGUCAUAAGGAUGCAAAACGUUAUCGCUGGCAGCUUGCAUCAUAGCAGGGCUGCGUUCAGGAGGACAAAUGGCCGAAAACGUUUUUAAAUGGAAACCCCCAAUCGGGGUUAUCAUCGGGCAAGUUUGGGUAUACUUCCUCUAUUUCAAAAACGUUUUCUCCUGUUUUGUGUGUGCUGAACGUGACACAGGUGUGGCAGUGAAUUAUUCUGCCUGCCCCAGAAUAUGUUGCUUGCCAAAUCCUUACCAUUAGGGGUAAAAACGCAAAACUGACAUUAGAUCCUUAUGAGCAAAAUAUUUUAGCGGCCCCCCUCUUGACAGCGGAGAGAAAUUUUGAAAACAUUUUUACAGUUCAUUUCCUGUAAUUCUGCACAUUUUGCUAUGGGGUGUUGUCACGUUCGUUAAGGAACGGGUCAGACCAAGGCGCAGCGUGAUAUACGUACAUGUUUAUUUACACUGAAUAAACACACGACAAAACAAGAAACGAAACGAAACGUGAAGUCCUAAGGUUGUACAUACAACGAACCUUACCCGGAACAAGAUCCCACAACUAGACAGUGCCAAUAGGCUGCUAAAGUAUGGUCCCCAAUCAGAGACAACGAGCGACAGCUGCCUCUGAUUGGGAACCACACCGGCCAACAUAGAUCUAGACAUACUAGAAUACAACAUAGAAAACGCACAACAAAGAAUAUACACACCCUGACUCAACUUAUAAGCAUCCCCUGAGUCAGGGCGUGACAGGUGUAGAGUAACUUUGUCGUUUUAAAGCAAGUUUUCUGAAAUUCUACACAUUUUGCCAUGUGGCGGCGAGAAGAUUUUGCAAGUUUAUAACUCAUUUCAUGCAAUUCUACUCCUUUUGCCAUGGGGUGGAGGGAAUAAUUAGCAGUUUUACUGCAACUUUCCUGCAAUUCUACACAUUUUGUCAUAGGGUGGAGAGAAAUGUUUGCCGUUUUUAAUAUGAUAUCUGAGUGAGAGUGACAAGGCUAAUUGGUGUAACUGUCAGUGAAUGACAUAACAAGAGAAAAACUGCUGAUGCACAACCAAAUUUAGAAAUUGUACCUUGUGUAUUCUACUAUUCUAACUCUCAACAGUAAGUUAAGAUCCCGACUGAUCCACCGGCCUAAAGGGGUAUAGGGGCAUCCGUAGUCUAGGGGCAAUGUCAUCAUACUUCGCCCUGUCCUUUACUCAGGACUGUGUUUAUGUCUGGUGGGUGGAUUUUCUCAGCCAGGUCUACACACAAAACAAGAAGUUCUGUAUAGUGCCAAAUAAGGGUUCUUUGGCUUGUAACCAUAGCGGUUCCCUUUAUGGUGCUAAACAGUACCAGUCAAAAGUUUGGACACACCUAUUCAUUCAAGGGUUCUUCUUAAUUUUUUACUAUUUUCUACAUUGUAGAAUAAUAGUGCCGACAUCAAAACUAUGAAAUAACACAUAUGUAAUCAUGUAGUAACCAAAAAAGUGUUAAACAAAAAACAAGAUUCUUCAAAUAGCCACCAUUUGCUUUGAUGACAGCUUUGCACACUCUUGGCAUUCUCUCAACCAGCUUCAGCUGGAAUGAUUUUCCAACAGUCUUGAAGGAGUUCCCACAUAUGCUGAGCACUUGUUGGCUGCUUUUCCUUCACUCUGCUGUCCGACUCAUCCCAACCCAUCUCAAUUGGGUUGAGGUCGGGGGAUUGUGGAGGCCAGGUCAUCUGAUGCAGCACUCCAUCACUCUCCUUCUUGGUAAAAUAGCCCUUACACAGCAUGGAGGUGUGUUGGGUCAUGGUCCUGUUGAAAAACAAAUGAUAGUCCCACUAAGCCCAAACCAGAUGGGGUGGUGUAUCGCUGCAGAAUGCUGUGGUAGCCAUGCUGGUUAAGUGUGCCUUGAAUAUUAAAUAAAUCACAGACAGUGUCACCAGCAAAGCACCCCUACACCAUAACACCUCCUCCUCCAUGCUUUACGGUGGGAACUACACAUGCGGAGAUCAUCCGUUCACCAACACCACGUCUCACAAAGACAAGGCGGUUGUAACCAAAAGUCUCCAAUUUGGACUCCAGACCAAAUGACACAUUUCCACCGGUCUAAUGCCCAUUGCUUGUGUUUCUUGGCCCAAGCAGGUAUCUUCUUCUUAUUGGUGUCCUUUAGUAGUGGUUUCUUUGCAGCAAUUCGACCAUGAAGGCCUGAUUCACACAGUCCCCUCUGAACAGUUGAUGUUGAGAUGUGUCUGUGACUUGAACUCUGUGAAGCAUUUAUUUGGGCUGCAAUUUCUGAGGCUGGUAACUCUAAUGAACUUAUCCACUGCAGCAGAGGUAACUCUGGUUCUUCCAUUCCUGUUGUGGUCCAGAAACUCUCAUUAACUGUUGGGAGGGACUCACUAGACCGACUAUUUAGAAUAUUUAUUGUAUAUUUAAAGUAUCACAACCAACUAUUAUGUAGUAAAAGACUACCCAAGAGACCCCCUGUGCUAAUUCUCCGGUAGUUUUAGUUUAUGUUUUAAAACCCAAAUGCAUUAUGGAAAGAACCUCAACCAUUUUCUGCAUUAACAACUGUACAUUGUUGGCUUGUUUUGCAGGACAAAAACAAGUUGGCUAAAGCAGAACGCUUUGGUCACCAAACCCUGUAGUUGUGGGUUAAAUGGAUGCUUGAUGGAUGGUUCACCCCCCCAAAAAUGUAAUAUACCUCAAAGUGGCCCAAAGUAAAUUUGUGUUGCCAGUGUUCUCAAGCAGUGAAUCAAGUUGAUAGUUAAUAGGUCCUGAAAAAUGCAGUAUUUUCACCAAUGUGCAGUAAUAAUUAUCACACCAUAGGUUGGACUGAAAGAAAUCAAUGCUUACAGUUGGACAAAUAAUGGAGCAUAAAAAGAAUGCCAGCAGCAAGAUAAGUUCUAGAACAAACACAGCCUACAUAAAACCUCUAUUGUGUCAUAUGUGGUGUUGAACAGUUUUCCCUCCUAUCUAAUGUAAAUGUAUUUGAGUGUCUGUAAUAAACCGGACUUCUCCGGGGUGUGGUAGCCUCUGUCUCAUUAUCGCCCCCUGCUGUUGACGCCACAGACGAGCAGGAGUGUGAGGAGGGCUGGACUAAGUUUCAAGGCAACUGUUACCUGCACUUCCCCGAGAGAGAGACCUGGCUGGACGCCGAGCAGCGCUGCCGAGACCUCAGCGCUCACCUGGUCAGCAUCAUCACCCCAGAGGAACAGCACUUUGUCAACUGUGAGUAAAGGCCUGUGUGUGUGUGUGUGCCUGUGUGUGUUUGUUCCUGUGUAUGUGCGUGUGCGUGUGUGUGAGAUGUGAGAGAGAGAGAAAGAGAGCGAGAGAGAUAGAAUAUCCCUUAACUAUUUUCUCCCCCCUCCAGCCAACGGCCAGGACUACCAGUGGAUUGGGCUCAAUGACAAGACAGUGGAGAAUGACUUCCGCUGGAUAGACGGCACACCACUGGUGAGUCAGGCAGACAGACACAUAGUCCCCACUCAGAGUACAGAGUAGGACCACCAGAUCACCUAUUGUAGCCUACCGCAUUCAUACACUGUUCAUAAUGUAGCCUACCACAUGAAUACACUGUUCAUACUGUACCUGUACAUUAAUACACUGUUCAUACUGUACCUGUACAUUAAUACACUGUUCAUACUGUACCUGUACAUUAAUACACUGUUCAUACUGUACCUGUACAUUAAUACACUGUUCAUAAUGUACCUGUACAUUAAUACACUGUUCAUACUGUACCUGUACAUUAAUACACUGUUCAUACUGUACCUGUACAUUAAUACACUGUUCAUACUGUACCUGUACAUUAAUACACUGUUCAUAAUGUACCUGUACAUUAAUACACUGUUCAUAAUGUACCUGUACAUUAAUACACUGUUCAUACUGUACCUGUACAUUAAUACACUGUUCAUACUGUACCUGUACAUUAAUACACUGUUCAUACUGUACCUGUACAUUAAUACACUGUUCAUACUGUACCUGUACAUUAAUACACUGUUCAUACUGUACCUGUACAUUAAUACACUGUUCAUAAUGUACCUGUACAGUAAUACACUGUUUAAACUGUACCUGUAGAUUCUAAUCCACAUGCUAUAGCCUACUGACUUACUCUCCUGAUUUCUGUGUUUUCUACAUUGAAAACAAGAAACAAACAGAAACAUAAAUGGUCUUUGUAACUUCCCACCAAUGUUGCUCUCCUCUCCCCUCAGCAAUUUGAGAACUGGCGGCCAAACCAGCCGGAUAACUACUUUAACUCUGGAGAGGACUGUGUGGUGAUGAUCUGGCAUGAGAACGGCCAAUGGAACGACGUUCCCUGCAACUACCACCUGCCCUUCACCUGCAAGACUGGCCCAGGUACACACAGGGAUCAGGGGUUAGGGGUCAAGAAUUGUGUUCUAGAGUCUGGAUGGGCACUGGUAAUUUUACUGUACCUUCGCCAUCAUGAUGUGUGGUUAUCUUAUACAGUGGGGAGAACAAGUAUUAGAUACACUGUCGAUUUUGCAGGUUUUCCUACUUACAAAGCAUGUAGAGGUCUGUAAUUUUUAUCAUAGGUACACUUCAACUGUGAGAGACGGAAUCUAAAACAAAAAUCCAAAAAAUCACAUUGUAUGAUUUUUAAGUAAUUAAUUUGCAUUUUAUUGCAUGACAUAAGUAUUUGAUACAUCAGAAAAGCAGAACUUAAUAUUUGGUACAGAAACCUUUGUUUGCAAUUACAGAGAUCAUAAGUUUCCUGUAGGUCUUGACCAGGUUUGCAAACACUGCAGCAGGGAUUUUGGCCCACUCCUCCAUACAGACCUUCUCCAGAUCCUUCAGGUUUCGGGGCUGUCGCUGGGCAAUAAGGACUUUCAGCUCCCUCCAAAGAUGUUAUAUUGGGUUCAGGUCUGGAGACUGGCUAGACCACUCCAGGACCUUGAGAUGCUUCUUACGGAGCCACUCCUUAGUUGCCCUGGCUGUGUGUUUUGGGUCGUUGUCAUGCUGGAAGACCCAGACACGACCCAUCUUCAAUUCUCUUACUGAGGGAAGGAGGUUGUUGGCCAAGAUCUCGCGAUACAUGGCCCCAUCCAUCCUCCCCUCAAUACGGUGCAGUCGUCCUGUCCCCUUUGCAGAAAAGCAUCCCCAAAUAAUUAUGUUUCCACCUCCAUGCUUCACGGUUGGGAUGGUGUUCUUGGGGUUGUACUCAUCCUUCUUCUUCCUCCAAACACAGCGAGUGGAGUUUAGACCAAAAAGCUCUAUUUUUGUCUCAUCAGACCACAUGACCUUCUCCCAUUCCUCCUCUGGAUCAUCCAGAUGGUCAUUGGCAAACUUCAGACGGGCCUGGACAUGCGCUGGCUUGAGCAGGGGGACCUUGCGCGCGCUGCAGGAUUUUAAUCCAUGACGGCAUAGUGUGUUACUAAUGGUUUUCUUUGAGACUGUGGUCCCAGCUCUCUUCAGGUCAUUGACCAGGUCCUGCCGUGUAGUUCUGGGCUGAUCCCUCACCUUCCUCAUGAUCAUUGAUGCCCCACGAGGUGAGAUCUUGCAUGGAGCCCCAGACCGAGGGUGAUUGACCGUCAUCUUGAACUUCUUCCAUUUUCUAAUAAUUGUGCCAACAGUUGUUGCCUUCUCACCAAGCUGCUUGCCUAUUGUCCUGUAGCCCAUCCCAGCCUUGUGCAGGUCUACAAUUUUAUCCCUGAUGUCCUUACACAGCUCUCUGGUCUUGGCCAUUGUGGAGAGGUUGGAGUCUGUUUGAUUGAGUGUGUGGACAGGUGUCUUUUAUACAGGUAACGAGUUCAAACAGGUGCAGUUAAUACAGGUCAUGAGUGGAGAACAGGAGGGCUUCUUAAAGAAAAACAAACAGGUCUGUGAGAGCCAGAAUUAUUACUGGUUGGUAGGUGAUCAAAUACUUAUGUUAUGCAAUAAAAUGCAAAUUAUUACUUAAAAAUCAUACAAUGUGAUUUUCUGGAUUUUUGUUUUAGAUUCCGUCUCUCACAGUUGAAGUGUACCUAUGAUAAAAAUUACAGACCUCUACAUGCUUUGUAAGUAGGAAAACCUGCAAAAUCGGCAGUGUAUCAAAUACUUGUUCUCCCCACUGUACCUGUGUUGGUGUUACAGCUUAUUCAUGUUUUAUAAACUUAUUAGGCAGGUACCCUUCAAAAGAAAUUGCUACCAAUAAAUAUCCUAAGUUCUAAUUUGAUGGAUUGAUUGUUUUGUUGAUUGAUUGAUUGAUGGAUUGAUUGGUUGGUUUAUUGAUUUACUGAUCACUGUUCCCCCAGUCUUCUGUGGUGCGCCGCCAGAGGUGGAGAAUGCCAGGAUGUUCGGCAGCAGGCGGGAGCAGUAUCCCGUGGGGUCCAUCAUUCGCUACCAGUGUAACCCAGGCCUCACACAGCGCCACCUGCCUGUGGUGCGCUGCAUGGCAGACGGACAGUGGGAGAAGCCACAGGUGGAAUGCGUUGGUUGUGAGUAGUACACACUCUUUUGCUCUUUCAACACUCUAUAAACGUACCUGUAGGUUAGUCCCACAUUGACACACUUCCAAGUCUCGUUCAGAACUCUGCUAUUGAAAUUAUCGUUAGAAAGGCGGAAAUUGAGGUUCCCUGUAGGUUGACGAAAUGGCACUGUAUUUUUCAGUGAAAACUUUGCUUUAUUGUAAUGUUGUCUGAUGCUUUGAGAUUACUUUGGAAUCAUUGAAGGUAAUGUAUGAAUCUCUGAAGGUAAUGUAUGAAUCUAUGAAGGUAAUGUUUGUUUCUCUUGCCAACAGCAGUGCCCUCCCCCAGUAACAGAAUACAGCGGAGAUCGAUCAGAAGGCGAGGAGAAUCAACCAGCAGCAAACGUCACUAAGCAGGGAAGAUUAAGGGAGAUUUCUUGAAGAUAACUAUUUUAUAAAAACAUGUACAGCACACAAAAGCCAUUUUCUAACUUACAAAAGAGGUUUCAACAUUUGAAGUACCCACCUUGUACAUAAGACCAAAGCAAUUUAGAGCAAUAACAUUGUCUUUUUGGUAUGUGUCACUCUCUGACUAUUUAAAAAAAAAAGAUAAAUUAAGCCAUUAUGUUAUUUUUAGUUUUUGUUGUUCUUGUCCCAAAAUACUGACAUGUUUUAAUUAUAUAUAAGAAUUGUUUUAUUGUUUGGAGUUGUAUUGUUAUUUUUAGUUUUGGUGGAUUGUGAGGCCGUCGAUAAGGUGUGAGUUGUUGUUAAGAUACUUUGUCCAUGUCGCCAACUAGACUGGAUUAUGGAGACACGAUAUAGGGUGAAGUUUUCCCUAGACACUGAUCUUGGGUCAG